AACAAGACGAAAUGGCAGCGAACUCAAACUUCAUCCUUCUCACCUCCUUCCUCCUUUUUGCUUUUCUCUCGUUUCCGUCCAUCAUCUGUGAGGAAGAAUUUGACUAUGAAGAAGGGAGCAGCAGAGGGCCAGAGCACUGGGGACAGCUCAAUUACCCGAAAUGGAAAACCUGUGGAGAUGGAAAAAUGCAGUCCCCCAUUGAUAUUCAAAGGCAGAACGUCACAGUUUUUCCAAAGAUGAAGGCACUGACAAGAAAAUACAAGGCAGCCCAUGCUGUUCUGAAGAACAGAGGCCAUGAUAUCAUGGUUGAAUGGACGGAAGAUGCAGGCUACAUUUCUAUCGGAAGAACCAAGUAUUUCUUGAACCAGUCUCAUUGGCACACACCUUCCGAGCAUCACUUGGACAAUAGAAGCUAUGACAUGGAGAUGCACAUGGUGCAUAAGAGCAAAGAUGGAAAGAUAGCGGUGAUUGGCAUUCUCUACAGAAUAGGUCAUCGCGGAGAUAAAUUUAUCCGGGAGUUGAUGAACAAGAUAUUUUAUCUAGCAGUAAACCGGAACCGGAUUAAGUCGGUAGACUUAGGGUUGGUGGAUCCAAAGCACGCCGGAAUCGGGCGCGGUGGCAACUAUUACAGGUACAAUGGCUCCCUCACGACGCCAGCUUGUGACGAGGGUGUUCUCUGGACCGUCAUGCAAGACGUUCAUAAUGUGGCUCGCUAUCAAAUUCGUGCCCUACACAUGGCAGUCGAUCCCGUGAAUCGGAGUGGUUCGACGGCAGAUUUACAAUCCUUCGAUGCCUCUCAUGUCAGUCCUGCUGCAGCCACUAAACCAAAAGAUCUAGAAUUCGUCUCCGUUCCACAACACCCCGGCAAAUCUCACAAGCAAGGGAAAUCCGGCGACCAGCAACAUCCUCCUGAAAGCAAGGACGGCAAAUCCGACGACCACCAACAUCCUCCUGAAAGUAAGGACGGCGACCAGCAACAUCCUCCUGAAUCGGAUGAGGAAGAAUUCGGGUACGAAGAGGGGAGCGGGAAGGGGCCGGAGAAGUGGGGGCAGCUGAAACCCGAAUGGGAAGCCUGUGGGAAGGGGAAGAAGCAAUCUCCCAUCGACAUCUCCAACAAUCACGUCACCCCCUCCGUGGAGAUGGGGACUCUGCCCAAGAAAUACAAGCCUGCCCACUCCAUCCUCCACAGCAGAGGCCAUGAUAUCACGAUUAAAUGGGACGGAGAUGCUGGUGGUAUCCGAAUCAAUGGCACCGAAUACCAUCUGAAAACUUGCCACUGGCACUCACCCUCCGAGCAUACAAUAAAUGGGACAAGAUUUGAUUUGGAGUUGCACAUGGUUCAUGAGAGCGACAAAGGAGAAAUAUCGGUGGUUGCAAUUCUCUACAGAUAUGGGCAACACGAUGACUUUCUUGCGAAGUUCAUGCAUGCGAUCACAACAGUUGGCACCACUGAUGAGGUCAUUGGGUUCACUAACCCAACAGACAUAAAGAUCGGAAGCAGGAAAUACUACAGAUAUGAAGGCUCCCUCACCACCCCUCCCUGCACUGAGGGUGUCAUUUGGAAUGUGAUGAAGAAGGUGCGGACCGCCUCAAAGUCGCAAAUUUUUGCAUUAAGAGGAGCUGUAAAGGAAGGGUAUGAGAACAACUCCAGGCCAAUACAGGCCCUCAAUGGCAGACCCAUUUGGCUCUACAGCCCUCCCAACACAGAGUAGUGGAGGUCCGCGGCCUGCAUCGUCCAUUUUCUGAGGAAAUCGUUGGGAAAUGUUGCGAGUAUUUUUGCACUGCAGAAGAAUAAGCUAUAUAUUCCUUCCAAUACAACUACUUUUUUCAAAGUUUUUUUUGGUUUCUUUUAGAUGAUGAGAGAGUCCAAUGAUGUCUGUGGACGCCUCAGACUUCGUCUCAAAUGGUGCAUAUUCAUAUGUAAUCCUCCCUUUUAGCUGUUGAUGGUUGAGAAAUAAAUGCCCAGCAGCUAAUCCUAGGUUUAAAUUCUUCUUGCUUUUGAUGAGCAAUAAGAAAGAAAUAUCAGUUGGAAUCACA